CGCUGCAGUCCCCAAAGAAAGCCGGUAGCCCGAGAUCCCGUUCAUUACAGCACUUCAUUAGUGACAAGCAGGUUCUGAAGCAGAGCUACAAACCUCUGUCUAACUGGAUUUAAACGGCAGUCCUGGGGAAUAUUUCACCCUGAGAGCAGGAAACGGACAGAAUAUCUGGGAUUGCACGAUGAUCGGAAAGCGGUAUUUCCUCCUCUCAGUUCUGCAAGCUGUCGUGUCAGAGGAAUGGACAGCCAACAUUCAACAAGAAGUUACAGUGCGGAAGGGCCUGUGUGCACACAUUCAGUGUCGCUACAGCUAUCCGUCACGUCUGGCAAAUGACCAACGGGUGGGAAUCUGGUUUAACUCAAAUGACCUGUUUCCACAGUCACAGAUAGCCUUUCACUCCACGGAUAGCAAUCGUGUAAUGCCAAGAUAUCACCAUCGGACUCAGCUCUCUGGAAACCUGAACAACAAUGACUGUUCCCUGAAUAUAAACAAUGUUACACAGGAAGAUGAAGGUCCUUAUCACUUCAGAAUUGAAUUUAAAGGCUCAUAUAACUAUAGCUACUCCACCAUAACACAAAUACGUGUUGUAGUGUCGGGCGAUCGGAGAGCUAACACUCCACCAGAUGUGACCGUGCAGAGGGGUUUGUGUGCCCGGAUUCCGUGCCACUACAGUUCUCUUUUGCACGAGGACAAUGAUACCUGGGUUGGGAUCUGGAUGAAAGAUGAGUGUCGGUCUCAAACUGUCACUGCCCACUCCAAGGAUCACGGUCAGGUAUUCCCGAUGUUUCAACAUCGCACCCGGCUCUCCGGAAAACUGAAAGAUGGCGACUGUUCCCUGGUUAUAGACAACAUCGUGCAGGAAGAUGAAGGAUAUUAUUACUUCAAAAUUGCAUCUGAAAAUGUGGAUCGACACAGCUAUCUGCCCCCAACUCAGCUCCAUGUCACUGAUUUCACAGAUAAGCCCUCGAUAUUCCCUGCUGAAAUGGUUGCAGGAAAACCAGUGAACAUAAGGUGCACCUUCAACAUCUCGUGUAGUGGAUCGACACCGAGCUUCACCUGGAUCACGCCCUCGAAUGUAUUGGCAUUAAACUCGAGCAGUGUAACCGAACGGGCUGACACUCUGACAUAUACAUCUGUUCUGACCUUCACCCCAGCGCUCAAACUCCACGGGCAAAAUCUCACCUGCAGAUUCAAAUACACAUCUGUUUCAUCGGAGCAGACAGUCACAUUAACCGUGCGGUCUCCUCCAACAGUGGAAACACUGGUUGUCUCACUGGCCGCGGCAGGAGUAGUUGUAUCCCUGUUCAUCUUGGUGACACUGACUUGGUUCGUUCUUCAGUCCCGACGUAGAACUAACAG